AUGGCUUCCAUCUGGCCAGAGAGCUGGCGGGCAACUCUCAACAAGAAGCAACAGCAGUGGAUUGACCAGACGCUGUUUACCAGGAGCCGCCUACGGAGCUCACCGUUCAUCACUAUCCUUGCCUCGGUGGGGUGGAGACCAGAAGAGAAUGAUGUCCUUCCUGCUUCCAAGGCCUGCCUCAGAAAGUGCUGGGAGCUGGCGGGCAACUCUCAACAAGCAUCAGCAGCGGUGGACUGGUCGGACGCUGUUCACCAGGAGCAGCAUGGGGAGCACAAUUCAUCACCGACUUGCUUGAGAAACACCAGACUAACGUCUGUCCAGUGUGGAACGAGGCAGCCUCUGCUCUGUUACAGUGGCCACCUGCAGCACAUCCUUACCCUUAGCAGCCAAAGGGUGCUUAGCCAGGACCAGGUUAAAGACUACACCAAGCCUAGGGAACUCCUUGGAGUUGAGUACCUGUAUUCUCAGACUGGCAGAGUGCUGCAGGAUGUCAGCGCGGACCCUGACGUUCUGGAAGAGGCAGCCGCCGUCCAGCAGCUCGAUGAGGGCUUUCAAGAGGAGGAUGUGGAUGCUGUUACUCCUAUGAGCGCCCCGUCCUCCAGCUCAGCGGCACCUCUGUCAGGGGAACCCGCUGACACACCCAGGUCUGGGCCAUCCAGUCCCACCGCCCCUGAAGAUGGAAGCUCUCCUGAGGCCCCUGAUCGCCACGAUUCUCCUCACCCUGACCACUCCUCCUCUGAUUCAGAGAGGGAGAUGCAAGGCCCUGAUACAAUGCCGGGCUACCAGCAUGUCUGCAGGCUUGCCAGGGCCUUGGAACCGUCAGUUGUUGUCGGACCGCAGGGUAGACUGUCUGGUGGCGCUGUGGCUGGCGCUGCCAAACUACGACAAGCAGCGCUUGAUCUACCCUGCCCGACAAGGGGGAGAGGAUGGAUCGGGGGCGGCUCAAGGCACCGAAGGGGAAGGAGUCCCAGACUCUCUCCAAUGUUGUCUUCUCAGACUGAACUCGAGCCCUGCUAAUUGGCCAGCCAUCUUCUGUUUGGUGGAGGCCAUUUGCAGUCAUCUCUGUCAGAUCCAUCCCAGCACCACGUAGUCUGCCGGUGUCAAGAGGAGCAGGCGGGCGCUCAUUCUGGCAGACUACGUGGCCAUCGGGGUGGCAGUGCUGAACAGCCCGAGGUUGAUGGCCCAGACCAACCUUCAGCUGUUUGAGCUGAAUCAAAGGACCAUCAGUCAGUGGUACUCCCGGUGUCAGAAGAGGAUGGUGCUGCAGCAGGGAUUGGGGCUCGCUCCUUCCCCCAGCGUCAACGCCCAGCCCCUCCCUGGAGCCAAGCCCCUCCACUACCAGCGGAAGGGGAUCCAGGCACCCUUCCCUUUCCCUACACUGCCCCCUCCCCCCGGUCCCACGCCAGGCCACCCAGCAAGGACGGUCCGCCCAUUCUGCCAGCCCACCUGGAGCAACAACCCCCCGCACUUCCUGGCCCCUCCCAAGCUCUGCCAGCCCAAGGACCACCGACGGGCUCCUCUUUACCUCCUCUGGUGCCAAGGACAAUGGCUUGGAGAAGAAGACAGCCGGGAAGAGACGAAGGCAAUACGAGCAGUACGUCUGCUCCAAAUGCGGGUUGCCGAAGCGGCACAGCGGCGUUCUGCUCUGUUGCUGAGGGUAAAACCGUGGCCCAGUGGCUGGCGGAAAUGAAAGACGCUAAGAGGCGAGGUGACGGACACUGAGCCACUGGCUGGGUGGUCUCGGAUGUUUUUAUUUUAAAUAGUUCCCUGUUCCCCUCUACACGGACCGAGACCUUGAGCAUGGUGUAGAGGCUUGUGUGUGUUGACGACCCUCAGAGCUAUAUUGUCUGUAGUUUAAGACUACUGGUAGGGUCACCCAUGGCCAGCGACGAGACACCAGACUAACGUCGGUCCGUUCCCCCACGGGGAAGUCGGGCACAAUGAACGUUUUAAUGAGCGCAGGAACAUUGACAUAGUUCAAUAGCAAGUUUGUGUGUGACAAUCUCUUUUCUCAAUUGUUGGGUAUACUUAUGCAUCUGUCACAAAAAAGGGCCCAGCUGACCACAAAGCCUCUCAAAGCACAAGACUUGUCACCCAGCAAAAACCCCUUUCCUCCCUCCAUUGGACUGAGAAGGAUCUUUCUAUCCAUGGCCAUCUUGUAGUUUGGACCUUGUGGAGCAACUUUACAGGGCCCCCAAAGAUGGCUCAAAUGAACUUGAUGUAAACAUGUUAAAUUAAUUUGUCAAAACAUGUUAAAUAGGCACACUGGCCCUUUAAGUAACUUGUGAAGAGUAGGUGUGGCUACAGGUAUGUUAAGUAGCCAUGUGCCUCCCAGAUUUCAAAAACAGAAUAAAUAAUGAACUAUUUGACAUGUGAUAGUUUUAGGCUAUCAAGCUCUACUUUAUUUAUCAACGGAUAAAACAAAUACUUUAACUAUUUACAUUUUCAAACAUAUUACAGAACUAUUUCCGACCCUCCACCUCCAUGCUGUGGUCCUUGACACCCGAGGCCCAGGCCCCCUCUUCUCCUCUAGCCACUCCACAGCAGUUUUUACAGUCUCCCCUGUACUGGCUGUGGCCAAAUUCUUUUAUUUUAGGCUUGCCACAUAUCUUGCAGGGGAAAGCAACAGGUAACCUCCUCUUCCUCACAAGGUUCAUGACCAGCCUUUGCAAUGCUCCUCAAAUAUGUGGAUCUGGUCAAGGGGAGGCCUUUUCUGAGGGUGGAAGCAGCAGCAACUCUAGCAUUAGGGGGGUUGCUUGUUGCUUGGCACCGCUUAGCUGUCCUCCGGGCUCCUUGUUGCUUCUGGAUGGAGCUGGCUUCAGGUUCUUGUCUAGAGGGACACACAGGCAUUAGUGGCUUAUUAUACACAUCACACACAGGAAAAUUGCUAUUGUCAAACAAACAUGAAUUUAAGAGAACUCACCUUUGGGGGCGGUGUCUGUUCAGAACUGGGGGCCAACAUGGAUGGCUGAAUUUCAGGUGUAGGGGGGACCGGGGAGGUUAACAACUUUUCGGCUGAGGCUGGUAUCGGGUUCUUGUCUACAGAAGGACAAACAGGCAUUAGUGUCUUAAUGAACACACCACACAAUAUAUUGCUAUAUUUAAUUAUGAUUUUUACAUGUUAUUUGAAUGAAUUUAGUUUUUGGGGUAAUUGAUUUUUUAUUUUGAUCCACUGAAGUUAUUGAUUUUGUUUUAGUUUAUUUUUUAAGAUUAAAUUUAUGGAAUAAAAAAACUUUUUAAAUAAAGACGUCACCUUUGGGGAACCGCUUGUUCAGAACGGGAGGCCACCGUGGACGGCUAAAUGUCAGGUGUGGAGGCGGGUCCUUGUAUUUUCCAGCACGCCGCUGUGCUCUCCUCUCCCUCGUCUGCCUUUUUAUUCUGUCACACUCCUUUUGGGCUUCCCACUGAUUCUUUCUUCCAAAUAGAGUGUUGGACAGCACGCAUUCUUGUCCCAGGCAAGGUGUUAGGCUGCCUUAUCCAGGCUAUGUAGCUGUGAUAACCAAAAUAAAGAAUUAGCCGAUACACUAAAAAAGGUGGAUAACAAACAUUCAGAUUCAUAAUUUAAAAAAGUUUGUUUACAGUCUGUAGAGUUAUAGACUACAUUGAUCACAGUCCCAAAACCUGCCCUCUAGAAAGCUCUAUCCAUCUUGAGUAAUAGACAUUGGGAAACAGACUCCCUGAGGAUGUCCCAAACUUCAACAAAUGGUGUGCAGCAACCAAUUAGAGAUUAGUGGGCGUCACUGGGGGCAGUGACUCCCUGCUGUCACCUCUAGUAUCUGUUGGUCAUGUCUGAGUAGAAACCGACUGUUUGAUGUGUUCUACAAUUCUGUAUACAGUGUCUUUAUUAACUGAGUAGAAAAUUGACUGAUUUACUUUUUUUAUUUGUUGAACUUUAUAAAGAGUAUAAAAUUAAAUCAGAAUGAAUUUCAAAGAACGUGCUUUUAUUUAAAAAAAAAAAAUGUAUUCAAUUAUUAUUUAUGUCAUGUGUGCUUAACUCAGCAUGAUGUCCCCUACACCUACUGUAAAAGUUAAGGGGAUUAAAAAUUAACUAAAUAUACAAGACAUUAAUUAACCAGUUAAAGUGAUUGAAAAUGAAUGUCGUAAUUUGUUUUACAUGUCAGUCGAUGUUUACUGGCCUUGGCUAACACCAUGCUGGGACCUCAUCAGUGCCAGCCACUCCUCCACAGUUUGCCUGCCAGAGGUAGCGGCACAGAAUCUCACAGUUCCAUACAUACUGUGUCCAAAUUCACAAGUUUUAGACUUGCCACAUUUAGAGCAGUUGUAUCCUUCGUACGGCUUGUGCUCCCUGACUUUAUUCCCAGACUCUUCCUCCAUUCGGUGGUCCUGGAUACCUUGGGUCCACUAGCAGGAGGGGGCAGAGGAGUGCAGGUCGAGGGUAGGUCUUGGGAGACUGGAGAAAUAGGGAAGGAGGUGGUAGGCAGACUAGGUGGCGGUAGA